AUGUCGAAACGCCAGCCCAAUCGGGCAAAUGCAGCCGAGAAGCGCCGGCGGGAGGCUCCCACCAAAACCGAGGGGGACGUAUCCAUGCCUGCUGUCGCGGAGGCUGAGCACACUCAGACGACACAGCUGACCACCGAGACGGUGCUCGAAACCUACGAUGUACAGAUGGAGGGCGCCAACUGCGUGCACGAAUGCGUUCGACCGGCGGAGCUCGCUGGACAGGGCAAGGCGCCACCGCCGGUCACACCGGCCAAGACCUACGAGUUUAAACUCGACGUCUUCCAGCAGGAGGCGGUGAACUGCCUCGAGAACAAGGAAUCUGUUAUGGUUGCCGCGCAUACCUCUGCCGGCAAGACCGUUGUGGCAGAAUAUGCCAUUGCAAUGGCACUGCGGGACAAGCAGAGAAUCAUCUACACGUCGCCGAUCAAGGCCCUGAGCAAUCAGAAGUACCGAGAUCUGCAGGAUGAGUUCAAGGAUGUCGGCCUCAUGACAGGGGAUGUCACGAUUAACCCUCAUGCCUCUUGCAUGAUCAUGACGACGGAGAUUCUUCGGUCCAUGUUGUAUCGAGGUUCCGACGUCUCUCGAGAAAUGGCAUGGGUGGUAUUCGACGAGGUCCACUACAUGCGAGACAGAGAUAGAGGGGUUGUUUGGGAGGAAGCCAUGAUCUUGCUUCCUGAUUCCGUUCGGCUGGUUUUCCUGUCCGCAACCAUUCCCAAUGCCCGUGAAUUUGCUGAGUGGAUCUGUCGAAUCAAACACCAGCCCUGCCACGUGAUCUACACAGACAAGAGGCCAGUGCCACUGCAGCACUAUCUGUUCCCUUCUGGUGGCGACGGGGUGUACAUGGUGGUGGAUGAGAAAGGUCAGUUCCGGGAGGACAACUUCCACAAGGCGGUCGGAGCCCUUCAGCAGGCGACCGAGGCCCAAAAUGUGGAGACCAAGAAGAAGCUGCAGAAGAGGGGGAAGUCCAACCUCGGUGACCUGGAGAAGAUCGUCCGCAUGUGCAGCGACCGAGGGUACCUGCCUCUGAUUGUGUUCUCGUUCAGCCGGAAGGAGUGCGAGGCCAAUGCUGUCGCCCUGAAGCGGAUGGACGUCACUGACGACGACGAGAAGAAGCUCAUCGAUGAAGUGUUCAACAACGCCAUCAUGACCCUGGGUGAUGAGGACAGGGAGCUUCCUCAGGUACAGAGCAUGCUGCCUCUGCUCCGAAGGGGGUUGGGCAUCCAUCACGGCGGCCUACUCCCCAUGCUCAAGGAGGUGGUGGAAAUCCUCUUCCAGGAAUCCCUCAUCAAAGUCCUGUUCUCCACGGAGACUUUCGCGAUGGGCAUCAACAUGCCGGCCAAGACGGUGGUUUUCACCAACACACGGAAAUGGGAUGGUCUCGAGUAUCGCAUCCUGCACGCGGGCGAGUACAUUCAGAUGAGCGGCCGUGCCGGUCGGCGAGGGAAGGAUGACCGUGGCUUGACCAUCAUCAUGUUCGACGAGAAGGUGGAACCUGAGGUGGCGAAGGAGAUGUUCCUGGGCCAGUCUGCAAAGAUCUUCAGCGCCUUCCACCUUGGGUACAACAUGCUCAUCAACCUCCUUCGCCUGGAGGGAGCAGACCCAGACUACAUGAUCCAGCGGAGCUUCCACCAGUUUCAGAAGGACAAAGGUGCCUUGGAGCUUCAGAGCAAGAAGCAAGACUUGGAGACGGAGCUUGGCAACCUCGAAGACAUUCGUGCAGCUGUGAUGGAUGAUGCAGUGUACUCCUUCAACGUGGACGAGGCGAUAGCAGACUACUACUACAUCGACAAGCAGCUGAAAAAGAAGCAGGACGAGAAACGGGAGAUCAUCGUCCGACCUGAGAACAUCGCUCCCUUUCUCAACCCAGGGCGCUUGGUGUACAUGCAGGAGGCUGACGCGGACUGGGGUUGGGGCAUUCUCGUCAGUGCAUCCAGGAAGAAGCUGACAGGCGACAAUAAUGGCUCAGUGCUGGAGGCAGAGGAGUCGGAGCCACAGUGGGUGCUCGACACCUUCAUGCCCUGUGAGCCAGGGGCUGAGAAGCCCCAGCCGGCAAAUGGAGGGAAGCCAGAGGGAAGGAUACUGCCCAUGGCCCUCACGCUGGUCAACAAGAUCAGCAAGAUUCGUUCCAACAUGCCGUCAGGGGACCCCGAAUCGGAGGAUUCCCGGCGGGCACUCCUGAAGACGCUGCAGCAGAUCAAGAACCACAAGAGCUUCAAGCAGGGUAUCCCUGAGCUCGACCCAGUGGCCGAGAUGAACAUCCAGUCGGAGGAGAUGAACAGUGUGCUGUCCAGCAUCAAGGACCUGGAGGCAAAGCUGUCAGCGAAUAGCUUUCACCAGCAUGACAAGCUGCAGAAGUACUACGACUGCUUUGCUUCGAAGGUGAAGCUCCACAGCCAAGUUCAGGAAUUGGAUAAGCAAAUCAACCAGAGCCGCUUCAUGGUCAUGAAUGACGACCUCCGUGCCAUGAGAAGGGUGCUCCGAAGGCUCGAGUUCAUCGACAAGGACGGCGUCGUCCAACUGAAGGGUCGAAUGGCCUGCGAGAUCACAAGCUGCGAUGAGGUCCUGAUGACUGAGAUCGUCUUCCAGAACGUCUUCGCAGACAUCGAUGCCAACAACAUCAUUGCCUUGUGUUCGUGCUUGGUCUUCGACGAGAAGUCAGAAGACCCGAUUACGAACAACUUGGACUUGAUGAAGGCUUUCGAAACUUGCAAGGGCAUCGCGCGCAAUGUCGCCGAGGUGAUGGUGGAGAACAAAAUCCCUCUGGAUGUGGAGGAGUAUGUGCAGAAGUUGAAGCCCCAGCUCAUGGAGGUGGUCUUGGGCUGGUUGGAGGGCAAGCGAUUUCACGAGAUCAUGAAUCAGUGCAACCUCUACGAAGGCAGCGUGGUCCGUGUCAUCCGACGUCUGGAGGAGCUAGUCCGAGAGCUGGCCACCGCGGCCAAGACCAUCGGCAACGACGAGCUGGCUCAGAAACUCAACGAGGGCCGGAACCGGCUAAAGCGCGGCAUCAUCUUUGCCGCAUCGUUGUACCUCUAA